AUGGAGAAUGAUGUUGAUAUUGCUUUAAGGGGGAAUCAGCUUAUUAAUAUUUCCCUCGAUUAUAAGUCAAUGAGAGACAUCUUAGCUGAAAUGGCUCUCCGAUUUGAAAAAUUACAAAAACAAUUUACAGAUUUUACGCAAAAUAACGAAGUUGAUAGACAGCUAGAGUUAAUGCAAUCGCAAAUCGACAAUAUGAACAGACAAGUAGCAUCUCGACCUGCAGUUACUCCAGCGGAAUCUGGAAUAAAUGAGGAUUUUCUCGAAAAUAGGCUUAAAGAUUUCCAUAAAACGAUAAUACAAGAAAUUUAUCAAGAAAACAGAAAAGUUACAUCAGAUGUUCUUAACCAAUUCGAUAAAACAAUGGAAAGACAAAAACCUUUAAUAAUUCAAGAAGCAAUCAACGGAGCAUUGACAUCAGCUCAAAUAGAGUCAUUAAAGACUCGCGUUGACGCUUUGGAUUUGAUCUCAGAACAUACAAGUAAAAUUGUAACUCCAAAACCAGAACCUUCCGAGCCUUCUGAACCAGCUGAACCUGCUCCAAUUGCAACAGUACCAACAGUAGCAAAUAUGCCAGACGAUGUCUUCAAUAAAGUACAAAGCUGCGAAGUAAACGUUCUCAAAAUCAAAUCUGAUUUACCUGUAAUACUUCAAAGACUUUCUACACUCGAAGGAAAUAUGGCUAAAGUUAACGAAACCGUUGAUACACAAACAAAUGCAGUUUCCCAAUUCAGUGACCAAAUUUCAAAAUUAUCAUCAAAUUCUGAAGAGAGAUUAUCAAAGAUUGAGCAAAGAUUACGUGAAAAUUCUGAUGUUAAGGCAUCCUACGUACCACAGAUGUCAAGCAACAGAAAGAUUGACGUAGUUCAACCGGAAGAUAUCGUUGAUAGCUGUACAAUAUCAGUAAUCAAGAAGAUUCAACCUAAAAUCGAUGAAGCAUUAACAACAUCGCAUAGUGUUGAAGAAAGAGUCGAUAAAAGAUUCGAAGAUUUGGAUAAUUUAUUGAAAUCAGAAAAUCUGAAGGAACUUCUCGAGAAAGGACUACCAAAGAGUAUCAGUCCUAAGCCAACGACCAAGGAUUUAGUACUAGUAAGUAACGAAACUCCUCAAAUAAUUUCAGAUGAAAAAUCUGAACAUCAAAAGCAAACAGAGUCCACAAACAAUGAAGCUCCAGCCAAUGCAACGCCACAGAUCAUCCAGAUCCAAGCUUCUCCUCAAAGAGAACCCCAAAAUUCAAGAGUUGUUAUUACAGAAGUUACUCUUCCAAAGAAGGACCAAAACCAGGAGCCACAACCGAUAACGAACACACAGACCAUUCAGCAAAUUGUUCAAAUUCCUCAGUCAGAUAUUCCUCAAUUAAACCAGUUAAUUGAGGUUACACAGAGGCAAUCGAAUGAUAUAGCUAUAAUUGCUGAUAGGGUCAAUCAGUUGAGCUCUCUUUCGGAGAAACUUAAAGAAUUAGAAGAAAAAUUGAACCAAUUGAGCCAAAAUAAGCCAGAAACUGAAGGAGAUAAUAAAGAAUCAGUUGUUUUGUCACUUGAACAUCCAAUCCAGCAACUUAAUACUGUCCAACAGCAACAAAUCGACCAAUCAAUUAAUAUUAAGAAUUUAUCUGAACGAGUAACGAAGUUAGAGAGCCAAAUCGAUGGAUUAAGUGGUAAAGUAGGCAAGACAAGCUUCAUGGCCCCACAACGUGAAGCUCCUUUGUCAGGAAGAGCAGAAAAACAAAGAAGAGGACUAAAUCUUGCUCCUGCAACAAACAUAAGCCCAAGAAGGAACUCUGAUAAGAACAGUAAAGACACAACUGAACAGAAAGAACCACAGCAACAAAGUAAACCCAAAUUAUCAAUUCAAUCUCAACCGCAAGUUGAACAAAACCCAGAAGAACAGAAGAAGCCACAACUGUCACUCAAUAUACAGCCAUCAGAAGACUCAAAUGUUGAAAUUUCCCAACCAGAAAUUUCAUCUCCUGAACAAUCCGAAGAAGUUCAUACCGAAACCCCAACAGAACAAGAACAGACCCCCGAAAAUGUGGUCUCUGCUGACGGAAAUCAAGAUUUGGUUUCAAUUGAUAAAAUUGAAACAUCAUCUCAAACUUUGUACAUAGAUAUCGAGACACAAAUCAAUCUCCUUGACGAGCAAGCAACACAGUUUACGGGCUACAGAGACAUUUCCGCUAUGACAUCUUCCAUCAAAAUGUCCCCAAUAGUAGGAACCCCUGUAAACGCCUCCUCAGGCGAUGUAACACCUCAAGAACCACACUCCAUCGCUUCUACACCUCCUCAUCGUCCAGAUCCUGAAAAAGAACCACUUUACAGUUCUCCGAACAUUUCACCACACAAUUCAAACAAACCUUCUCAAAAUUCAGAGCUUCCUGAAGUCAAUCAAACAGAGGAUUCUAUUUCACCACAUCGCAAGGAAGUACUGUUUAAUCCACAACCAAUCACAACAGGACCUUCCUCUCCAUCUCCUGGCCAGAAUUCAUCAUCUCCUGCUUCAAACAAAGCAUCGAAUGCUGAUGUAAACAUCAAAUCCGUAGUAUUCAAUGCACAAAAGACUUAUCUCUCCCAGCCAACAAGUUCCAGGUACACGAAUGGAAACAGAGUGACUAAACAAGUUACAAACCAAGAUGAAGUUCACGACAGCGUCACUCAUGAAGGAGAAAUCGUUGAACCAUUAGGAAUAAGUUCUCCGAAAUUCCAAGGAACUAAUAGUGGAGGAAAGUCUACAGCUAUCAGUCCGAAAGUUUCAUCAUUAUCUCAGACAUACGCUGAAUUAGAAGAUGCUUCUAAACGCGUACAAGAUGAUGUUGAAAGUUUAAGAAAUGAGAUAUCCGAAAUCUGUGCGAAACAAGAAGAAAGCGCCAGAAUUUUGGCAUCUCUUUCUUCAACAGUUGCUGAUACAAGAGAACUGAAUAAAGUGAAGGAAGACCAAGCAGACAUGAAUUUGUUAGUUGAAGAUUUGCAGAAGAAGAUUGGAGAUUCAGCAACAGUUAAUUCAUUGAGAACAGUUACACAGAACUUCUUAGGAUCAAUCCAAGAUUUGGAUAAACGAUUGGAAGAAGUUCGUGUCCAAAUUCCUCUUUUAGUUACUAGGAAAGACUUGAACGAGAUCUUGACAAACUUGUCAUCCGGUUCAUCAUCAACCGACACAGCUGUUGGAAGACUUGGAUACAGAUGUUUACUCUGUGGAAAACCAGCAAGUACAACAGGAAUGAUCGCAGAAUCCGAACUUGCAAGAAUGCUUGGAACACCACCACAACAAUGCAAUGCACGCGAUCCAAAGAGUGUUUUGUUGUAUUCUAAAGAUGCUGGCAGACAAAGCAUGAAACAGAAGAAACUUGCACCUUUACCACCUGUUGGCCAACAAUAA